UAUAUCUGUUUUGGGCGUUCCACACGAUCGCACACGAUGCCUGAGCAUACUUUUUUUUUUUUUGGAAUGAAGAGUGGACUGAGAAAGGAACAUAUUAUGCACUUCAUCUCGGGGGUACAAAUUUUAGGGUUUUGCGGGUUCAAUUAAGUGGUCAACCAACUUCAGACUUGGAACAUGAAGUAGAACGACAACCCAUUCCCCAAAAUGUCAUGACCAGCACAAGCGAGGACCUCUUUGAUUUUAUUGCAUCUUCAUUGAAGGAUUUCAUUGCCAAAGAAGGAGAUGGUUCCACUAUUUCACAGGGCAGAAGAGAACUUGGAUUUACAUUCUCCUUUCCUGUGAAGCAAAUGUCUGUUUCCUCUGGCAUUUUAAUCAAAUGGACGAAAGGGUUUUCCAUUGUAGACAUGGUAGGAAGAGAUGUUGCAGCAUGUUUGCAAGAAGCCUUUAUAAGGAAUGGCCUAGAUGUUCGGGUAGCUGCCUUGGUUAAUGACACUGUUGGAACAUUAGCAGUCGGGCAUUAUCACGAUCCAGAUACAGUUGCUGCAAUUAUAAUUGGUACCGGUACAAAUGCCUGUUAUUUGGAACGAGUUGAUGCUAUUAUCAAGUGCCAAGGUCUUCUUAUGUCAUCUGGGCGCAUGGUUGUUAACAUGGAAUGGGGGAACUUUUGGUCAUCUCACUUGCCAAGAACAUCGUAUGACAUUGAUUUGGAUGCUGCUAGUCCUAAUCCAAAUGAUCAGGGUUUUGAGAAAAUGAUAUCUGGAAUGUAUCUUGGUGAUUUAGUGAGGAGAGUCAUUCUCAGGAUGACAUUAGAGUCCGAUAUGUUUGGACCUAUUUCUCCAAAGCUUUCAAUGCCUUUCAUACUGAGGACUCCUUUGAUGGCUGCCAUGCAUGAGGAUAACACGCCUGACUUGAGAGAAGUAGCAAGAAUCCUUAAUGAUAUAUUUGAGAUCCCUGAUGUUCCUUUGAAGGCAAGAAAAAUAGUGGUGAAGGUGUGUGAUGUGGUGACUCGUAGAGCUGCUCGAUUGGCAGCUGCUGGUAUUGUUGGUAUCUUGAAAAAGAUUGGUAGGGACGGGAGUGGUGGCAUCACAGGUGGACGGAGUAGAAGUGAUAUGAAAAUGAAAAGAACAGUGGUGGCAAUUGAAGGGGGAUUGUAUUCUAAAUAUACAUUGUUUAGGGAGUACUUGCGUGAUGCUCUAAAUGAAAUAUUGGGGGAAGAUAUUGCCAAGCACGUUAUUCUAAAGGUCACCGAAGAUGGAUCUGGCAUUGGUGCCACACUGCUUGCUGCCUCCUAUUCAUCCUAAACUGUGGAUAAAGGGGGUUACUUACACCGCCAUAAAUAUAUUUAUAUAUAUAUAAUUUGUUUAAUAUAUAUAUAUAUAUAUAUAUGUAUGUAUAUAUAUAUCUGCAUAUUUAUAUAUAUGUACAUAUAUAUAUAUAUAUAUAUAUAUAUAUAGGCACACACACACGUAUAGCCAUGUAAAUCAGAAUUUGUUCUCCAUAUUUUAAAUAUCUCUGUAUAAAGGAAGGUUUCGUCUAUUCUUUGA